AUGAUACCUGAGGAAGUAAAUAGGCCCAAUAUGGAGAUUGUGCCUUCUGUGGAUCUUACAAAAGCUUUCACCACUAGCCAAGCUUUUGAAUCCUCCAAAGAUCUUGUUAAUUGGGCCAAAGCUGUAGGUAAAGAGCAUGGCUAUGUUAUUAUUAUUCAGAAGUCGGACUAUGGAUCUGACAAAAGGAGGGCCGUGAUGACACUAGGAUGUGAGCGUGGCGGCAAAUAUAAACCAUCCACAUCGGUGUUAAAGCGAAAUCGGACUGGAACUAAGAAGUGUAAUUGUCCAUUCAGGCUAAGGGCAAGGCGUAGUAAUAAAGAUAAAAUGUGGACGGUGCUUGUGCAUAGUGGGAUCCAUAAUCAUGACACUGCUGAGGUUUUGCAGGGUCACUCAUAUGUUGGCCGUCUAAAUCCAGAGGAAAAGGCGAUGGUGGGAGAAAUGAUUGAAGAAAGGGUCAAGGCCAGUGAUAUUUUGAUUGCUAUAAGGAAACACAACCCAACCAACUUGACUAGAAUUAAACAGAUUUACAAUGAGAAGCAAGCAUACAACAGGUUGAAGAGGGGAUCGUUGACCGAGAUGCAACACUUGAUGAAGUUGUUGGAAGAACACAAAUACGCACAUUGGUCCAGGGUGCAGGAUGGUACUGAUGUGGUCAGAUCUUUGUUUUGGGCACACCCUGAUUCCAUUCACUUAUUCAAUGAGUUUCCUCAUGUUGUGAUUCUGGAUAGUACAUACAAGACCAAUAGGUACAGGAUCCCUUUACUUGAGAUGGUGGGGGUUACGUCGAAAAAUUUGACAUACUCAAUUGCUUUUGCGUACAUGCAGAAUGAGCAAAAGGAUGAGGUUGUUUGGGCUGUGAAUAGAUUAAAAGACUUGAUCAUUAAUGAGGACAAUCUGCCGAAGGUCUUUGUUACAGACAAAGACCAAGUUUUGAUGGAAGCAUUGGAAACUGUUUUUCCCGCAGCUCGCUGUCUUCUAUGUCAGUUUCAUGUUACUCUUCGUGAAGGCCAUCCAAUGCCGACCACAGCUCACUUGUGGGCAUACAACUGUCACCCGGAUGCAAGAAAAUGGGAAGAGCCUUACAAAGAGCGCAUUGAAGAAUACGCGGCUUAUCUGAAACAAAAAAAUGGAGGAUGUAGUGAUGAUAUUAUUGACCUUAGUGAUGAUUAA